UAAUAAUUAUUAAUAUAAUUACAUUCUCUCUUACAUUAAACACCGCACGUUGUUUUCGCAAAAGUAAUCAAUCAAUCUGGUGUAUCGUUAUUUGUAUGAAACAGACACUUGCAAACACAAAUUCCCCUGCAAAAAGCUCCCAAAACAAUGGCAAAUCUCGUGGAAACAUACGCCUGCACCCCCUCAACCGAACGCGGCAGAGGAAUACUCAUCUCCGGCGACCCAAAAACCAACGCAUUUCUCUACUGUAACGGCCGAUCGGUGAUUAUUCGCUAUCUUGAUCGACCAUUGGAGGUUCAGGUGUAUUCCGAACACGCGUAUCAGACCACUGUGGCCAGGUUUUCGCCUAAUGGGGAGUGGAUCGCUUCCGCUGAUGUGUCUGGGAUGAUGAGGAUCUGGGGGACGCAUAAUGGGUUUGUGUUGAAGAAUGAGUUUCGGGUGUUGUCUGGUCGGAUUGAUGAUCUUCAGUGGUCUGCUGAUGGGAUGAGGAUCGUCGCUUCUGGUGAUGGAAAAGGGAAAUCGUUUGUUCGUGCUUUCAUGUGGGAUUCUGGAAGCAACGUUGGGGAAUUCGAUGGGCAUUCAAGGAGAGUUCUAAGUUGUGCGUUCAAGCCAACAAGACCAUUUCGCAUAGUCUCAUGUGGAGAGGACUUCUUGAUCAACUUCUAUGAAGGACCACCGUUUAAGUUCAAGCAGUCACACAGGGAUCACACGAAUUUUGUCAACUGUGUAAGGUUCUCGCCAGAUGGCACCAAAUUCAUCACUGUUAGCUCUGACAAACAGGGGCUGUUAUACGAUGGAAAAACUGCAGAGAAGAUGGGUGAGCUGUCUCAAGAGGAUGCCCACAAAGGUAGUAUAUACGCUGUUAGCUGGAGUCCCGAUAGUAAGCAGGUGCUGACUGUAUCAGCUGAUAAGACCGCUAAAAUAUGGACAAUAUCCGAAGAUUUCAACGGGACCGUUGCAAAAACGUUAACUUGUCCAGGUUCUGGUGGCGUUGAGGAUAUGCUAGUUGGGUGUUUGUGGCAAAACGAUUAUAUAGUUACGGUUUCUCUAGGUGGGACCAUAUUUUUAUAUUCUGCUAAUGAUCUUGAUAAAGAUCCGGUGAUUCUGUGUGGACACAUGAAGAAUAUUACGUCACUAGUAGUGCUUAAAACAAGCCCCGAGACUAUUCUGUCUAGUAGCUACGAUGGGUUAAUAUUCAAGUGGAUUCGAGGGUUUGGGUAUAAUGGUAAGUUAGAAAGAAAGGAUAAAAACCAAAUCAAAUGUCUUGUUGCGGUUGAUGAAGAGAUCAUUUCUUCUGGAUUCGACAACAAGAUUUGGAGGAUUCCUCUAACCGGAGAUGAAUGUGGAGAUGCAAAUAUAGUUGAUAUCGGAAGUCAACCAAAGGACAUGAGCGUGGCUAUUCGUAAGCAUGAACUUGCGUUGAUUUCAAUCGAGAAAGGUGUUGUCCUCCUUAAUGGUACACAAGUCUUGUCAACUAUUGACCUAGGGUUUAUUGUGAGUGCAUGCUCGAUUGCACCUGAUGGAACUGAAGCCAUUGUGGGAGGGCAAGAUGGUAAAUUGCACAUAUAUUCAGUUAACGGCGAUUCUCUUACCGAAGAAGCUGUCCUUGAAAAACAUCGAGGUGCUAUUACGGUUAUCCAUUACUCUCCUGAUGUUUCUAUGUUUGCCUCUGCUGAUGCCAAUCGGGAAGCUGUUGUUUGGGAUCGGGUCACCCGAGAGGUGAAGCUUAAGAACAUGUUAUACCACACGGCUCGUAUAAACAGCUUAGCAUGGUCACCUGAUAACACGAUGGUUGCAACCGGGUCGUUGGACACGUGUGUUAUUGUUUAUGAAAUAAGCAAGCCAGCGGCGAGCCGUAUAACCAUAAAGGGUGCCAACUUGGGUGGGGUCUAUGCGGUCUCCUUCGUUGAUAACAACACUGUUGUGAGCUCCGGUGAAGACGCAUGCAUCCGUUUAUGGCAAAUUACUCCACAAUAAAUAAAUAAAUAAAAUAUCGAGUGGCACAAAAAGAUUUCUUGAAAAUGUGCCAUUUUCUUUCUUGCUGCUAAAUCUUUUCCUUUUUGUAAAGCUGGUUGUUAUGUGUGGAUGAUGCAGUUGCAGUAGUUGAUAGUGAUGCUUUCUUGGGCUGGGUUGACCCGUGGUCAACGUGACCGUAUUUUGUUAAGAAUUUUCAGGGAAACCAAGCAUAUUGGCUCAAAAGACUAGUUGGAUAUUGAAGAUAUGCUUGUUGGAAUGUGGGAUCACUGGACAAUUAGAGUGUGUUCAAGAGAUGGUGAUCUUGUUGUUUUGAUUUUGUUUUUUGUUUUUUUUUUAUUUAUUAUAAUUAUGUAAUAAACGUGUUUUUGAUGUGUUUUUAUGGUGUAAUAACUUUUGGAUUUGAAGUUGUUUUAUUGUAUUGUUGAUGAAUCUUUAUAAUGUUUGGUAUUUAACCUUUCAUUAGAUCACCAAA